GUUCAAAUGCAUGUAAUAGUGCUUGCAUGAGGAGCUUAUGCAAUGCUGAAAAUGGUAUUUGCUUCGCUUGCCCUGAUGGCUUUUAUGGAAAUCUAUGUGAUCAGCAGUGCCACGCGAACUGUCAAGGGGGUGUUUGCGACAGAAACGGGACUUGUCUGGAAUGCAGACCCGGAUUCUAUGGCAAAAUGUGCAGUGAGACUUGUGGAAACUGCACAAACUGUGACCGAACGACGGGGUGUAAGGCUUGCUCGACAGGAAAAUGGGGUAAUGCUUGCCAGAAUGAUUGCAAUGAAAACUGUAAAUUAAAUAGAUGCAAGAAGGACGAUGGAACGUGCCAAGAAUGUACGGCAGGGUUUUUCGGAGCUUCCUGUAAUAAGGUUUGCAAUAUUACAAGUCAUUGUAUUGGUAAUGCAUGCGACCAGUUUACCGGAGCAUGCAGUGGAAAUUGCGUUGAUGGUUGGUACAGUAGUCAGUGCGAGAUUGCAUGUCCAGUGAACUGCAAAAAUAAAGCUUGCAACCGCCAGAGCGCCGUUUGCAGCUAUGGAUGUAGCCCUGGGUAUUAUGAUGAUCUUUGCCAGACACUAUGCCCAGUGGGCUGUUAUGAGUGCAGCUCUGUCGGUAUCUGUUUAUCUUGCAAGACUGACUAUUACAGUCAGGGGUGCCUUACUCAGUGCAAUUCAAACUGCAAACAGCCUACGGACAAUUCCCGAGUUUGUGAAGCCAAUACUGGUAACUGUGUAGAGGGAUGUAAAAAUGGGCAUUAUGGUGCCAUGUGUCAAAUGAGUUGCUCUGUAAAUUGUAAGGGCCUUUCUUGUACAAGAGACACUGGAAAAUGCACUGGAAUAUGUAAUGCUAAAUUCUUUGGCGCUUUUUGCAACGAUUCAUGUAGUGGUUGCGAGACUACAAAUGAAACAAGUUGUGAACAGUCAACUGGAAGAUGCUUACAUGGUUGCAAGUCUGGUUUCUAUGGCACAAACUGCAGAAAUGAGUGUAGUGGAAAGUGCAAUGGUAAG